UGUCCAGUUGUCGACAGCAGUAGGGCGGUACUAAGCGAGAUUCUUUGAGAAAGAAGUCGAUCCUUUUCUAGUUUUUUUUUUAUUUUUUUAAAGUUAUUUCUGAAUCUGUUUACGACCUAUCUUAAGUUAUGGCUUCUUCGGAUGUUGCACGGCAGCCGGAUAAAGGAGUCCGGUCCUUGUCUCUUGCUGGCCAUGUGGGCUUUGACAGCCUUCCGGACCAGCUUGUCAACAAGUCCAUCUGCCAGGGCUUCUGCUUUAAUAUUCUCUGCAUCGGUGAGACGGGUAUAGGCAAGUCUACACUGAUGGACACGCUAUUUAAUACCAACUUUGAGAACUUUGAGUCAUCCCACUUUGAACCUCAGGUGAAGCUCCGGGCUCAAACGUAUGACCUGCAGGAGAGUAACGUUAGACUACGUCUCACUGUGGUCAACACAGUUGGCUUUGGAGACCAGAUGAAUAAACAAGAGAGCUACCAGCCUGUGGUGGACUACAUUGACAGGCAAUUUGAGAGUUAUCUCCAGGAGGAGCUAAAAAUCAAGCGUUCUCUUCACAACUACCAUGACUCACGAGUCCAUGCCUGCCUUUACUUCAUUUCCCCCUCAGGCCAUUCACUCAAAUCCCUUGAUCUGGUCACGAUGAAGAAACUAGACAGCAAGGUGAAUAUCAUCCCAGUGAUUGCCAAAGCCGACACCAUCAGCAAGAGUGAACUGCACAAGUUUAAGAUCAAGAUCAUGAGUGAGCUGGUCAGCAAUGGUGUCCAGAUAUACCAGUUCCCACUGGAUGAUGAGACUGUGGCCAAAGUCAACACUACAAUGAAUGGUCAUUUGCCAUUUGCUGUAGUAGGCAGCACAGAGGAAGUUGCUGUUGGAAACAAGAUGGUGAAAGCUCGCCAGUAUCCAUGGGGUGUAGUGCAAGUGGAAAAUGAGAAUCAUUGCGACUUUGUUAAGCUGAGGGAGAUGCUCAUAUGCGUAAAUAUGGAAGACCUGAGAGAGCAGACACACACUCGGCACUACGAGCUCUACAGACGCUGCAAGCUUGAAGAGCUUGGUUUCAAAGACACAGACUCAGAGUGCAAACCUGUCAGUUUGCAGCAGACGUAUGAGGCAAAGCGUCAGGAGUUUCUGGUGGAGCUGCAGAAAAGGGAGGAUGAAAUGAGGCAAAUGUUUGUGCAGAGGGUAAAGGAGAAGGAAGCGGAACUAAAGGACGCUGAAAGAGAGCUCCAGGGUCGUUUUGAGCAGCUCAAGCGCCUCCAUGCUGAAGAGAAAGCUGCUUUGGAGGAGAAGAAGCGGCUUCUUGAUGAAGACCAAAGCUCCUUCGGCAAAAGAAAAGCUGCUGCCCAACUCCUGCAGGCCCAGAGCCUCACUGCCAAUGGCAAGAAGGACAAAGACCGGAAGAAUUCUGGUUUCAUGUGAAGAUUCUCAGUUGUGACCAGCAAAACCAGUGACGUUAUACCCCACACCCUUUCCACACCCCUGUGGCCAGUUGUAACGCUAACAGUAAAACAAAAAACAAAAAAAAAACACAUAAAUCAGUUCAACAAAGUGCAAAAUUUACUUUAAAAUGAAUCAUAUAUUUAAUUUUUUAUCUUUCUAGCAGUGAAGUGGUUCCUGUGAGGUACAAUUAACUUUCAGCUUUCCAACACCAUAUGUAAUACUCCGUGACCAUUUUUGAAGGUUUGUCUAGUGUUUCUGUCAUUAACAGUUGUCAGAAGUGUGUCACAGAAUAUUACAUUUCCCUCUUUCUUUCCAGUUUUUUAUAUUCUCUUUGUUUGGCACACCACCUUGAUACUCUAAAUCUUUAAUCUGAACAUACUAGCAUUAACUAAGAAAAAAAAACCCAAAAAACACUGUUAGGAACCUCACACGUUCUCUUGCGGUUGUUCCAAAGGGAACAAAUUGGUUCAGAGCGUUUCACUUCUCUGCCGAGGUUUACAGUUAAAUGGUUUUCUGAGGAGGGUGAGACAGAGGCUUGGUUUGGGAUUAGGUACAUGUUACUGUGUAUUUUUAUACAUAUAUAUUUUGUUUUACUUGCUCUCUUAUUUUCAUUUUAUUUUAUUUUUUUUUUAUAUAUUGACACAAACCGUUGACGCUUGCAGUCCUGUCUGUCUGAGAAGAGCUGACUCACGGGGAAAAAAUGCAUCACAUCAAGUCGCUGUUUAAGGGAGAAUUGUAUUUCUCUGAAGACUGUAUUCUACAUAUUUCUGUUCAUCGCUUUUUUGGACUUUUUAACUGUGUGAAACCCUUUCUCAGCAAUACUCCGGAGUAAACCGCAACACUGCUGCUGGUUUUAAUGAUUUAAAAAAAAAAAAAUUAACUUACUGUAUUUACACUAGUUAAAGGUAAUAGUGCCUUAUCUGUAUUAAACCUAAAAACUAUGCUAUCCAGUUUGUGAUCACAUCCAGGGAAACACACCGAUGCCUACUGGAUAAAUGCUUGCCUGAGACACAUUUGUACUACACUUAUAUUUAAGGAAUAAACAGUAUUAUAUGGGAGCUUUUCUUCUUUCUAAAUAAAUCUUUGUAUUUUUAUGAUGA